AUGGAUUUCAUUAUCUCUCUUGCUCACUUCUGUGAGGUCCACGGUCCCACCUCCGUGCUUUGCACCCAGAUCACCCAGGGCAGUUGCGCCACCUGCCACCCCUGCGACACUCCGCCCGCCGACGACCAGUCCAAGGCCUCUUAUUUCAACGACUCGCCCGCCAUUCCUCCGCUCUCCUCGCCCUUUGAAACCCCUCCCACUAGCCCAAAGUCGCCCAAGAACUCGCACAACCCCUACUUUCCGAGCCUCUCGGCCAAAAACAACUCCAGCUCGACCUUGGGCAGCAACCUCGGCGACGGCGAUAGCGACAGCUGCGAGAAUUGCUCAUUCCUCGUCCCCAAGAAUGUCACCGAGCAGCUGCCGGACGGCGCUCCCGGCAGCCCGAGCAAGGACGGCCGCGGCCAGAACGGCAGCCCUGUCUUGCGCACGACUCAGUCGGUGAUGGCACGAGGCACCCGCUCCUCUGACGACCGCGAUACGAACUCAGAAUCAUCCGACGAGCAGUCGCACGCCUCGACGUCAUUCUCCCGCUCGCCGCCCAGCGUCACAUCGUCUUCUCCCGCCUCGCCUCUUUUCGGAUCACGCAACGCACAUACACAUACGUUAUCCUAUCUCACCACCCGCCAGCCCAUUUCUCCGUCGGCGUAUUCUCGCCUCCGCCGCAUCUGUAUCCGCACGCUCUCGUGUGAGCAGCUGCCGCGCGGUGCCCCAUCUGGCCCGCUGUACUUCGGUGAUCCCGUCCUGGGAUACACUGUCGCCUACGUUUUCCGGAUCCCGGAUCCCCGUGCUCGCGGCCGAACACGCACGUACGCGCUUAUUGCCUUGGGAGGGCGCGACAGUUGGCGCGUGGGUAAGGCCAUGGUGAAGAUCACCGAGAUGUUUGAACAGAUCGCGAACCAGAUCAUUGCCAUGGCAAAACAGGUUCUUGAGCAGGAGUCCACAUAUGCCUCCUCCACCGCUCACAUGCGGCCCACUACGGCCGCUGGCCCGGGCACCAUCACUCCGCCGCUCAGCUGCUCUAGUGGCAGCAGCGUUCCGCGCCGCGCCAGUGUCCAGGUCUCUGGCGGAAAGCCGAACACCAUUAUUCCUACGCCCGCAGCUAGCACUGUUGGGUCUCCCGCAUCCCCAACGACGCGCAACAUCACUCCCGUAUCCUCCUUCCUAGCGGCAAAGAAGGUUGACCCAGACGGAUAUCCGCGCGUUAGCCGGGACAUCAUGCGCGCUAAGGGCUUAGCUGAGAUUGUUGGCAAGGAGAACUUCUUCGUGGAGCUGCAUGCUAAAUUCUGCAUGCUUCUGGCCGGACUUGUGAAAGAGUUUGGGACCGGCUGA